CGGCGGUUCUUGCUGCUGCAUCCGCUGCUGCUGGUUGCUGUCAUCACCCGCCCACGCCUGGUCUGGUUGAAGUCGCGCAAAGGCCUGGAGAUGAGGGCGGGGGAGAGGGUGAUGUGGCUAAGAGAGGGGAGGGAAUAGUGGGCAAGACACAGCUUCCAGGCGGCAGGCGCAGCAUCACUGCGCAUCUGGCAGGAGGGGUCUCUGGGUCAGUGGCUGGGCAGCAGCCGCAGUGACUCGGUUUCUACCUGGCAGUUCGGUGGAGCCGCUUACUACCGAGCCAUCGUGGCCUGGGUAGCAUCAACUGGUGAGGGCGAAUGCGAACCUCGCAACACUUCUAAGCAAGCAGAGCCCAGGAAACCAGAGAGAUACGAAAGAAAGAGAAGCCCGGGAAGAGAAAAGGGCUCCGGCAGGAGCCCAGCUUCUCCGGGUUCCCUAAGGGGCUGGUGGAGACUCAUUACGUGGUACCAAGGGCAAAAUUGAAAAUGGCUUCCCCAGAACCUAUGAGCCUUGUCCCUUUCACCAGAGAGUCUCUUGAACUUAUGGAACAGCGUAUCGCUAAAAAACACAAUGAGGAUCAGCAAGAAGAUUUAAAGCCAAAUACUGACUUGGAAGUUGGAAAAGAGCUUCCAUUCAUUUAUGGAAAUCUUCUUCAAGGAAUGGUGUCAGAGCCCUUGGAAGAUGUGGAUCCAUACUACCAGAAUAAAAAUACUUUCAUUGUAAUAAAUAAAAAGAGAACAAUCUUCAGAUUCAAUGCUACCUGGUGUACAUUGUCUCCUUUCAAUUCAAUUAGAAAAACAACUAUUAAGAUGUUGGUACAUCCCUUUUUCCGGCUGUUCAUUUUAAUGACUGUCCUGACUGACUGCAUAUAUAUGUCCAUGACUGAUUUGCCAAAAUGGGGGCCAGCAUUACAGAAUACUUUGCUUGGAAUUUACACACUUGAAAUACUUAUAAAACUUACUGCAAGAGGCAUCUGGGCAGGACCUUUUUAUUUCUUUGGUGAUCCGUGGAACUGGCUUGAUUUCACUGUAACUUUGUUUGAGCACGUAACAAGCUAUUCGCCUCUAAACUUCGUUUCAACAUUUAGAAUUGCAAGAAAUUUGAGAAUUUUGAAAAUUAUCCCUUUAAACCAAGGCCUGAAGACUUAUCUAGGGAUCCUGCUCCAUUGUUUGAAAAAACUUGCUGGUGUCAUUAUCCUUACUCUGUUUUUUCUGAAUGUAUUUUCUCUAAUUGGGAUGGGGCUCUUCAUGGGCAACCUGAAGCAUAAAUGUUUGCGAUGGCCCCAAGAAAAUGAAACUGAAACCCUAUACAACAAAACUAGAAACCCACAUUAUCUUCGAGAAAUAGAAAACUUCUAUCAUUUGGAAGGAGAAAGAUAUGCUCUCCUUUGUGGCAACAGAACAGAUGCUGGUCAGUGUCCUGAAGGAUAUGUGUGUGUAAAAGCUGGCACAAAUCCUGAUGAUGGCUACACAAAUUUUGACAAUUUUGGCUGGGCUUUAUUAGCUCUAUUCCGGUUAAUGACACAGGAUUACCCUGAAGCACUUUAUCACCAGAUCCUUUAUGCUUCUGGAAAGGUCUACAUGAUAUUUUUUGUUGUAAUAAGUUUUUGGUUUGCCUUUUAUAUGGCAAGUUUGUUCUUGGGCAUAGUUGCUAUGUCUUAUGAAGAAGAAAAGCAGACUGCUGUUGAAAAAGCUAAGACUGAACCAAAAUUUCAUCACACUUUAAAAGAACUUCAAGAAGGAAACGAGGACACUGAGACCCAGACCACACAAAUAGAAAUGAAGAAAAGAUCACCAGCUUUUAUGAUCACUUCUUCGAAUAUGUUGGAUGAUGCUACUGUCAGAUAUGGAGAAGAACAUAAAAAAUCUCAGAAGAGAUGCCCAUUGUGUUGGUGCAGAUUUGCUAAAACUUUCUUGAUCUGGAAUUGUUGUCCCUGCUGGUUAAAAUUGAAAGAGUUUGUCCAUGUGAUUAUAAUGCACCCAUUUACUGAUCUGUUUCUCACCAUAUGCAUAAUUUUAAACAUAUAUUUUUUGACCUUGGAAUGUUAUCCAAUGAAUGAAGAAACCAUCAGUGUUCUCAGCAUUGGAAACCUGGUUUUUAUUGGAAUUUUCACAGGAGAAAUGAUUUUUAAAAUAAUUGCCAUGCAUCCAUAUGGGUAUUUCCAAGCAGGUUGGAACAUUUUUGAUAGCCUAAUUGUGUUCCAUGGUUUAGCAGAACUUUUUCUAGUGAAUGUUCAUGGAAUGGCUUUUUCUCGAUCCUUCAAGGUGUUGCGAAUUUUCAAGUUGGGGAAAUAUUGGCCAACAUUUAAGAUUCUGAUGCUGACUCUUAUUAACUCAUUGGUGGCUCUGAGAAACUUGAUCCUGCUGUUGUUCACAUUCAUGUUCUUUUCUGCUGUGGUCGGCAUGAAGCUGUUUGGUUUGAGUUACAAAGAAUGUGUUUGCAGCGUAGACAAAGACUGUCAACUCCCACGUUGGCACAUGAUGGACUUCUUCCACUCCUUUUUGAAUGUGUUCCGGAUUCUCUGUGGAGAGUGGAUAGAGACUUUAUGGGAUUGCUUUAACGUAGCAGGCCAAUUCAGUUGUAUUCCUUUUUACAUGAUGGUCAUUUUAAUCGGAAACUUAUUGAUAUUUUACCUGUUUCUGGCUUUGGUGAGCUCAUUUAGUUCAUACAAUUCUGCAACAACUGAAGAAAAUGAUGAAGCAAAAAAUCUCCAGCAUGCAGUGGCAAGGAUUAAGAAAGCAGUAAAUUGUGUGCUUUCUAAAAUAUUAUGCAAAAAACAAAAUCUUCCCAAGGAGAAAAUGGACAAUGUAAAUGGUACAUAUGUUAAAGAGAAUCUUUCUGACCAUACCCUUUCUGAAUUGAGCAACACCCAAGAUUUCCUCAAGGAUAAGGAAAAAAGCAGUGGCACAGAGAAAAUCACAAUGACGGAAAAUGAAAGUCGAUCACUUAUUCCCAGCCCUAGUGUUUCUGAGACUGUACCAAUUGCUUCAGGAGAGUCUGAUAUAGAAAAUCUGGAUAAUAAGGAGAUUCAGAGCAAGUCAGGCUAUGGAAGCAGCAAAGAGAAAGUAAAGCCAUCUAGCUCAUCUGAAUGCAGUACAGUUGAUAUUGCUAUCUCUGAAGAAGAAGAAAUGAUCUAUGAACGUGAAAAGCAUCCUAAAAAUGGUUAUAGACGAAGAUCUUCACCAGGUCAAAUCAGUAGAGAAUCUAAGAGAGGAAAAAUGUGGCAAAACAUAAGGAAAACCUGCUGCAAGAUAGUUGAAAACAAUUUUUUUAAGUUUUUCAUUGGCCUUGUCACUCUGCUCAGCACAAGUGCUCUGGCUUUUGAAGAUAUAUAUAUCGAUCAAAGAAAGACUAUUAAAAUCUUAUUAGAAUAUGCUGACAUGAUCUUCACUUACAUCUUCAUUCUGGAAAUGCUUCUAAAGUGGAUGGCAUAUGGUUUUAAAGCCUAUUUCACUAAUGGCUGGUACAGGCUAGACUUCAUGGUUGUUAUUGUGUUUUGUCUUAGUUUAAUGGGCAAAUCUCGGGAAGAACUAAAACCACUUAUUUCCAUUAAAUUUCUUCGGGCCCUCAGAGUUCUAUCUCAAUUUGAAAGAAUGAAGGUGGUUGUGAGAGCUUUGAUAAAAACAACUUUCCCCACUUUGAAUGUGUUUCUGGUCUGCCUUGUGAUCUGGCUGGCUUUUAGCAUUGUGGGAGUACACUUAUUUGCUGGCACGUUCUAUGAAUGCAUUGACCCAACAAGUGGAGGAAGGUUUCCUAUAUAUGAAGUCAGGAAUAAGAGUCAAUGUGAAAGUCUUGUCUUUAAUGAAUCUAUGCCAUGGGAGAAUGCAAAACUAAACUUUGAUAAUGUUGGAAACGGUUUUCUUUCACUGCUUCAAGUAGCAACAUUUAAUGGAUGGAUCACUAUUAUGAAUUCAGCUGUUGAUUCUAUUGGCGUGAAUAUGCAGCCUAAUUUUGAAGACAACAUCUACAUGUAUUGUUAUUUUAUUGGCUUUAUUAUCUUUGGAUUAUUUCUUCCUCUGACGAUGCUGACUGGUGUUAUUAUUGCUAAUUUCCAAAAGCUUAAAAUAAAGGGAGGCUCAAAUAUCUUCAUAACAGUAAAACAGAAGAAACAGUACCGUGCACUGAAGAAGCUGAUGUAUGAGGACUCUCAAAAACCAGUACCUCGCCCAGGAAACAAGUUCCAAGGAUUCAUCUUUGACUUAGUAACAAAUCAGAUUUUUAAUAUUAUCAUUAUGGCUCUUAUCUGUUUCCAAGCAAUAGCCAUUAUGAUACAAAGUGAUGAACAGAGUCCCAAAAUGGAUGCUGCUCUUUACUGGAUUAACUCAGUUUUUGUUAUGCUGUACACUGGAGAAUGUCUCCUGAAACUCAUCUCUUUCAAUUGUAACUACUUCACCAUCGGAUGGAACAUUUUUGAUUUUAUGGUAGUCAUUUUCUCCAUCACGGGACUACUUCUGCCUUCGAUGGUAGGCUACUAUCUUGUGCCUCCUUCCCUUGUGCAACUGAUACUUCUCUCUCGGAUCAUCCACAUCCUGCGUCCCGGGAAAGGACCAAAGGUGUUCCAUGAUCUCCUGCUUCCUUUGAUGCUGUCCCUUCCGGCAUUGUUGAACAUCAGCCUUCUGAUCUUCCUGGUCAUGUUUGUCUAUGCCAUCUUUGGAAUGUAGAACUUUGCCUAUGUUAAAAAAGAAGCUGGAAUUAAUGAUGUGUCUAACUUUGAAACCUUUGGCAGCAGUAUGCUCUGUCUUUUCCAAGUUACAAUAUUUGCUGGUUGGGAUGGGAUGCUCAAUGCAGUCUUCAAUAGUAAAUGGUCUGAUUGUGAUCCUGAUAAAAUUAACCCUGGGACUCAGGUUAGAGGAGAUUGUGGUAACCCUUUUGUUGGGAUUAUUUACUUUGUCAGUUACAUCCUCAUAUCAUGGUUGAUCAUUGUAAACAUGUACAUUGUUGUUGUUAUGGAGCUUUUAAAUAUUGCUUCUAAAAAACAAACCAAGGCUUUGAGUGAAGAUGAUUUUAGGAAAUUCUUUCAGAUAUGGCAGAGGUUUGAUCCUGAUAGAACCCAGUACAUAGACUCUAGCAAGCUUUCAGAUUUUGCAGCUGCUCUGGAUCCCCCUCUUUUCAUGGCAAAACCAAACAAAGGCCAGCUUGUCGCCAUGGAUCUUCCCAUGGCUGUUGGGGACAGAAUUCAUUGCUUUGACAUCUUACUUGCUUUUUCAAAGCGAGUUAUGGGUAAAGAUACAAAGAUAGAGAAAGUUCUAUCGGAGAUGGAAUCAGGGUUUAUGUUAGCCAACCCGUUUAAGAUCACAUAUGAGCCAAUUACAACUACUCUGAAACGAAAACAAGAAGCAGUCUCAGCAACCAUCAUUCAACGUGCUUAUAAAAGUUACCGUUUGAGGCAGAAUGACAAAAAUACAUCAGAUAUUCAUAUGAUAGAUGAUGACAGGGAUGGUCAGGCUAUCUAAGAAGAUGCCUAUUUUGAUAAAGCUGAAGAAAAAACUAUUCAAAACUAGAUCUAAUCCCACUUACCACCUUUUCACUUUCUUCACAUAUCCCCCAAGUGUUAAACGUUUAAACUAGAAAUAAAAGCAAAAAUUAGAGAAAGUAGAAAUUUCACUUGAUACUUGUUUACAACUCAUGGAAGUUAAGCUUGUUUUCACAAGACUCUGUGUCAAAUUCAUUUUUUAACCCUAUAUAUUUAGUGUAACCAGUACAAUCCUUUAAACUACUGCAGUGGUUAAAAUUGCCAUUUGAUAAUCUGUUGCUUGUUUUCUCUAUACAGUUUAUGUGGUAUGUGCUUCUUCUGGAGAAUGGGGGGAUAGUGAUAGAGAUUAGCAGCAAAAGGGCUUCUUUGUAAUAUUUUAUGUGUACUUUAACUUGAUGGGAUUCAAGUCCCCACUUUCUUAAUGUAGGAUAGUGUUUAAAAAAACAGUACCAUGCUACAGGCCAUUAAAUUAUAAACUUGCCUUGUCAGGUGCCAAUUGGGGGAAGAGGAAGGGCAGUUCUUAGAAAGUGCCUUUGAGAUCAAUCACAGAGACCCUUGGGCUAAAUAAAACCACAUUUGAAAAGACUAAUUGAAGCUCUGUUUUUUGUUUAGUUUGUUUUUAUUUUCUUUUAUUUUUGGUAUGAGGAAUUAACGUUUCAUUGUUCCUGGAUUCUUGGUUUCUUAUCUAUGGCUAGUUCCAGCUAGCUCCAGUUCUUUAAUAGAAUCGCUUUGUAGAACAAGAGUAAUAAAGGGAAAACACUUAAGACCUAGGUGUUUUUCAUUUUUCUCAUUUACAUUUUUAAAGUAUACAUUUACUAAAAUGAUAUAGUAGGGAAUAUUUUAGUAGACUCAAGUUUAAUCAUAAAACUGAUGUGCUUUUACCAUUUAUCUAUGUCAGUAUAUAAGAUCUGGCAAAUGCAUAUCAUAAUAUGAAUUAGAAGAGUCAAGGGCUAUCAUUGUAGGGGUUUUCACAGUGUCUUGAUCCUUAGUUGGGAAACUGUGGCCACUUUGAAGUAUUUUUCACUGUACUUUAUGAUUCUUUAUAAUGUAGAGGAAGAAAAUGACCACUGAAACUGUGAGGACUCUGAUUUAGGAGAUCAAAGUGUAAGCUCAUUGUUGGUGGGGUUUUAUAAUAUUAAUAUAUGCAAGUUAGUUUUCACUUACUUUUAUCUUUCCUAGUUUUUUUGUUUUUAUCUCAUUAUAUACAUAAUUAUUCUGUAAAAUGUUUUAUGUUUGAAAACUUUUAUUUUCACUAUUGAAAUUAUUUUUAAAAGAUAGGCACAAAGUUGUUUUUUGACAUAUUCAUAAAAAUGUCAUAUUCAUGUAAUUUGAGAAUCUGAAAUUUAUUCUUUUUGUAUGAAGAUUGAUUUCAAUGUGCCUACAAAGUUCUAAAAGAUUUAAAAGGAAAAUAUGUGUAUUGUUGACUUAAAUGACAAGUUUUCAAUGUUGUAUAUAUUCAAUACCACUUAAAUAUCAGUAAUUGUAUUUUGUUAUGAAUGCAUGAUGUUGAGCCUUAACUAUUAUAUUCCAACCAUUUCUGCUCCUCAAAAAUGUAUUUAGCCUGACCAAGAUGCCUUUGGGAGAUCCUCUAAGCAAAUGUAAAUUCAGGAUUCUGUUUCUUUCUUCUAUAAGUGUUCCUUCCCCUCCCUUCUCCUCCCAUUCUCCAUCAUGUGAUGUGGUAACAGCUGGUACUUUAUCUAAGCUUCUUAGUUUUCUAUAUCUUGGAAAUGCUUUAAUGUGAAAAUUGCUUCGGAAUUUAAACUGAAUCUUAGCUUACUUCUGUAAAUUCCGUAAAGACCGCAAACUGAUUUUAGUUUAAAAAUUAUGUUUUACUCGUAACUUACUCGUGUUUGCCAAAAUUGUGUAAGGAAUUAUUUUUAACAAAGUCUUACAGUGUAGUCUACCUUUUAGAUACUGUAGAGAAUAAUAAAUAUAACCUGUUAACCACA